AUGCCGGUGACGGAAAUCCAAAACUCGUUCCUGAACCGCAUCAGCAUCCGUCGCAAUCAGAUCGCGGCCGUGGAAAGCAACAAUAAUGAGCAAGACCAAGAGGACGUGGAAAUGUUCAGCCGCAACGUGGCGGAGCGGUUCACGACCCUCCUCCCGGGGCCUGAGUCCCCCUCGGGCAACCACCCUCAAAUCCUGACCCUCUCCUGGUUCCGACAACUCCUGGACGCGUUCCUCUACUGCGAAGCCGAAUUCAAAGCCCUCCUCCUCUCCACCCGCCCUCCCCUGGACCGCCUCGUCCUGGACCUCCUCGACCGCUCCGUCAAGGCCCUCGACGUCUUCAACGCCGUCACCAACGCCCUCGACCUCAUGCACCACUGGCAGAAGCUCGCCCAGAUCGCCGUCUCCGCCCUCCUCCAAUCCCCUGUCGGGGAAGGCCAGGUUCGUCGUGCGCGCCGCGCUCUCGAUACCCUCAUCGCCUCCAUGUCCUUCGACGACAAGGACACUGCCGGUGGUGGGGGCCACGGCAAGUGGGCGGAGCGGACGCGGCGCCUCGGGGGUGCUCUUGCGAGCCGGGACCGGGGUGGAGUGGGGAGCCUGCGGUCUCUGUCGUGGUCAGCAGCAAAGCAGGUGCAGGGGAUGCUGGCGGCGCCGAAAGGGGGCGAGGCAGGGGGGAUGGCCACGCCGGUCUACAUAAUGAACACGAUGCUGGUGUUCGCGGCGUGGGCGCUGGUGGCGGCGGUGCCCUGCCAGGAGAGGCAUGGGCUGGCGACGAAUUUCCACAUACCUCGGAGCCUGCAGCCGAUGAUGGUGCUGCAGGAGAGGAUCGGGGAGGAGGUGAAGCGCAAGGAGAAGAAGGGGAACCCGGGCCUCAUGGACGAGCUGCAGAAGAUGGAAGCGGCCGCGCAUUCCCUAGUGGACUUUGCCGACGGCUUCGUCUUCCCCUUGGAGGACGGGAGGGCGGAGGAGAUGGCCAAGCAGGUGGAGGAGCUGGCCCAGAUAUGCCACAAGAUGGAGGAGGGGUUGGGGCCCCUGCAAAACUUGGUCAGGGAGGUUUUUCAUAGGAUUGUCAAGAGUAGAGGCGAGAUUCUUGAUGUUUUUGAUAAAUCUUCUGCAACGGUGCAGUAUUGA